CUGAGCAUCAGCCUGUUCAAUUGGACUCUGUUUUUACAUUUACCCUCAAUGUCCUAGUAACCAUUUUUACCUCUCUAUGGCAGCAGCUUUGCUCAGGCGGGUGGCAGCUACAUUUCGGCCACCACUGCCCGGAUUCCGGGCCCACGCAUCGCAAUCCAGCAAUGCCAAUCUAAAAACAUUCCAAAUUUACAGAUGGAACCCCGAAAAUUUAAAGAAACCCGAAAUGAAAAGCUACACUGUUGAUCUCAAGGAAUGCGGACCAAUGGUCUUGGAUGCACUCUUCCUGAUCAAGAGCCAGCUCGAUGCCACGCUGACUUUUCGACGAUCAUGUCGUGAAGGCAUCUGUGGAUCAUGUGCAAUGAACAUUGAUGGUUGUAAUGGUUUGGCUUGUUUGACAAAGAUUGAAUCAGGAUCGUCUGUGACCAUGAUAACACCGUUGCCCCAUAUGUUUGUUAUUAAGGAUCUGGUUGUGGACAUGACUAAUUUUUAUAAUCAGUAUAAGAGUAUUGAGCCGUGGUUGAAGAGGAAGACUGCGACGAAAGAUGGAAAAGAAGUGUUGCAGAGUAAGAAAGACAGGGAGAAACUUGAAGGAAUGUAUGAGUGUAUAUUGUGUGCUUGUUGUAGUACUUCUUGUCCUAGUUAUUGGUGGAACCCUGAGUCGUAUCUCGGCCCUGCUGCUCUUCUUCAUGCUAAUCGAUGGAUUAUGGAUAGUCGGGACGAAUACACGAAGGAGCGUUUAGAUGCAAUAUGUGACGAAUUCAAAUUAUACAGGUGCCACACAAUCUUAAACUGUGCACGUGCCUGCCCCAAGGGACUAAAUCCUGGAAAGCAAAUUAACAACAUCAAGAAGCUCGAGGCUAAAUCUGUGUAAAGUAAUUAUGUGUAAGAAUAUAU